AUGUCAGCGACUAAGACAUUAGCUAAAAUAGUUCUAUCUAAUAAUAUCAGUAUAGGUUCAAUCAGAAAAUAUUCAAAUAAUAUUGAUAUUCCAAAUGAAUUUUACAAUCUAGUAAAGGCAUUUUAUUAUUUGAUUCUAAGAGAAAGAAAAAGG